GUUACAAUUUCAGGAAGGAAGUAGCAUAAUUGCUAAUUAUUGUGAUAGAGUUGGACGCUGGCGUCGUACACUCCACGCACUCUAUCUCAAUUGCCACACCCUGGAUGUCGACCCCAACAUCAGUCAACGCGCAGUCUCCCUAGAACUCUUCGCCUAUCUCAACGAACGUCAUGAUGAAGUGAUAUGUCAUGAUUGUUUUGCUGCGGAUAUCAAAUCUCAACUCUCAGGUGCCGUAAUUGUCGUGCAUUCGGCUCAAACCUAUCCCGAAAUCAAUAAAGAGGGAAUCAACGUUCAGCCAGGCACUCUUACUGAAAUUAAAUUCAAGGCUAUUGAAAAUAUUCAGAAGGAGCCACCCUAUGGUCGAUGUGAUCGAGACACUAAAACGGAGAUUCCAAGCUACGAUGGUGCUAGCUAUGCCUACUCAGAAUAUGGUUGCCGGAUGUAUACAAUUCAGGUGAGCAUUCCUUUUAAUUUUACGUAA